AUGAAGAAGCGGGAACACCCGCUGCUCGAGCCGGGCCUGGACAUGAAAGAGCGGUUGGCGGAGACUGUCUUGCAGCUCGAGCACGAGCGACACUGGCGGGCGCGGUACGAGACGGACCUGUCGAGCCUGCGUGCCCAGCGCGACGCCGAGGUGACUGACUUGCUGGCGAAUGUCCGGAAGCAGGGCGAGGAGCUCGCCUGGCAGCGGCAGCUCGUGCGGGGGCUCCAGGAUGUCCGCCCGGCGGUUUUCGAGAAGAGAAGCUGCAGGCUGCUCUGGAGCGCAAGAAGAAGGGCCGAGGUCAGUGGCAUCCUCACCUCGAGGUCUAAGACCACCUGGCAGCUCAUCGAAUAG